UCGUAGUGAUGGCGAGAUGAAGCCUCAUGAAGCAUUGAAGCUUUUCAGCCAAGUGGUUCACAAAAGGGUUCAUUUCUCGAGACUUCAUUUGCUCACAAUACCACCUGGUGGUCAAAGAGUGUAAAACAAGUAGACACAUUACAGAUGACCUGAUGUGAUCUAAUACACUUUAUUUUGCGGCAGUUAUGGCUUAGAAAUUACAGUGAAGAAAAAAAAAAAACAAAUUUCCACAAAGACUUAAAUAUUUAUUUGAAUGUAAUGUGUAUUUUCUGGUUGUAUAUAGUGACGAUUGUAUAACAUAACUGUGUAAUAAACGUAUUGGCUUUAAAUGAAUGGGGCUAUUAAAUGUGUGUAAUAAAUUCUUUGGUCAUUAUAUGCAGGAGGGGAGAUAUUAUUCUAAAACCACACAAUCUGUGGUGAUCUCAUGGGUUUAUAUAUCUGUCAAAAUAUUGUGCCAAGAUUUGAACCGCAUCCAGUCGAACCAGUCAGGCAAAAGCGAUGCUUCGAAUGUCAUCAAUGACGUCACUGAUCUAAAACGAUACAAGCUUCGAUACGCGCUUCACUGAAAGCUUUCGGGAUUUCCCGACACACGCUCCGAAGCCUCGGCACAGACUGUAACAUCACUACUUAGUCGUCCGACGAACAAAAACUGCCAGACGGCCGACUGUCGGCUCGAUGUGUUCCGGGCUUAAGCUCAUGCUACUCCUACAUCCAGUGUCAUACAUCGCGUGACAGGUUACUCGUGACAUGAUUUGACUCGCGCAGUAUGCGUAUGGUUGUCUGCUGGAAGCUAGUUAUUUUAGAUUAGAACGUUUUAAAUAUGAAUAUUUUUCUUACAAAAACCCAUCGCUUCUCUUUAGAAGGCCUUUAUUAACCUCUGGGAGCUGUAUGGAUUACUUUUAUGAUGAAUGGAUGCACUUUUUUUAGCUUCAAAAUCAGGCCCCCUUUCACUGCCAUUAUAUAGCUUGGAAGACCCCAGGAUGUUUACAAUCUCCGAUUGUAUUCAUCUCAAAGAAGAAAGUCAUAUUCACCUUGAAUGGCUUGAGGUGAAGCUGCUGAGAGCAUUCCAGUCUCUGCCUUCCAUGAGAGAAAGCAACUGAAUUACGAACAAGAAACAUGCCCACCAGCCGUAGCUUCCACAACAGGUUUUCUCUACUCUCAAAGAUAAGGAGUCAAGGUCAGCCACACAAUCCUCACGUGAACAACAGAGAGGAUUUGCCUAAAAUGUGGUUACCAGCAGGCAACAGGGACAUCCACUGCCCUGUGUGUUUACAGAUUGCCAGCUAUCCUGUAGAGACAAACUGUGGGCAUCUUUUCUGUGCAUCAUGUCUGAUAUCUUACUGGAAACAUUGCUCCUGGUUAGAUGCCAUUAACUGUCCUUUGUGCAGACAGACGGUGAAUAAGAUGUGCCGUCUCUUCAGCGAGGACAGAGCUGACUGUAAAGAGAGAGAAGUGCUGAGGCAUGUCAGAGACUAUAACAAGCGCUACUCUGGAGCACCAAGACAGGUAAAGGACUACCUGUGUGACACACCUCUCUUCCUGCUCUUGCUGGUGAGAUGGCUGGGGAACAUGAGCGGCCUGGUGUGGCUCUUUGUCUUGAGGGUGGCUGUUUGUGGAUUAGGUGCUGCCAUGUCCUUGGCCUCCCCAUUGGAGACUCUUCCUGGGCCGUUGAGCAGUGUGCUGGGCAUGCUGGAUGAUUUUGUAGUGGUCUUCCUUCUUCUCAUCUGCAUUAUUAACAUCAACCAACAGAUGGGGCAACAGAGAACAGGAACACACACAGUCACACAAGGUGUGCUGACUGAUACAUUGUAGAAGAGUGAUAAUGUGCUUACUAGCAUGUUGAAAUUACACUAAUCAACCUUGUUGGCAAAGGUUAACUGUGUUAUGACCUGCUGCACUUUGGUCUUAGUGAACAUGGAGUUCAGAUGUUAUAAAAACAGGCAAUUUAAAGCGGUGUAUUAAAGACAGAUUGUACAUAAUAGAUGUAAAGUUCUUUUGUAAAUAUUCAAGUUUCUAAUAAAUACUUAUUUAUAUAUCUAUAUUUUUGUUUAAUCGCUUAUCUUUCCCACAAAGGAAACCCAGACAUGACACAGAA